CAUUAUGCCUCAUUCCAGAUAAGAACAAACUUAAUUUUCCUCAUUCUUCUUGCUUCUCUCAUCCUCCGGCUUUCGUAGUUUUUCAAAAGGCGAAAUGGCGGGUGAGCAAAUGAAACCUGUUGCCUCUGGACUUCUGGUGCUGAACUUCUGCAUGUAUGUGAUCGUUCUAGGCAUUGGAGGAUGGGCCAUGAACCGAGCCAUCGACCAUGGAUUUGAAGUCGGCCCAAAUUUAAAUCUACCAGCACAUUUCUCCCCAAUUUAUUUCCCGAUGGGAAACGCAGCCACAGGAUUUUUUGUGAUAUUUGCAUUGCUGGCGGGAGUGGUUGGUGCGGCUUCUACCAUCUCGGGCCUUAGCCACAUUCGUUCAUGGACCGUGGGAAGCUUACCGGCUGCAGCGACUGCUGCAACUAUUGCCUGGACCCUCACAGUCCUUGCCAUGGGGUUCGCAUGGAAAGAAAUCGAGCUUCAAGGGAGAAAUGCUAAACUGAGAACCAUGGAGGCGUUCUUGAUCAUACUCUCAGUCACUCAGCUUGUUUACAUCGCCGCGGUUCACGGUGUGAGGAGACCAUAAGGAAUCAUGGGCUUUGUGCUUCCGUUCUUGUCAAUCAUCCGAAACUUGUGAUUGAAUGUGUGCGAGUAUUUGUGUUUGUGUGUGUGUGAUUUUAAAUUCUUAGGAAGCUUAAGAUUAAUUCAUGCAUUCUUUAUGUACAAAAGGAUCAGAGCUUGUUUUGUGUGUCGCUUUGUGUUUAUGGAAUAAAAUCAAACUUUGAGGCUU